AGUACUUUUAUUAAGCAACUUAUUUGUAGCAAAUAGACCAAGUAUUUUUAUUAACAUUUAUUAACUUAAAAGACAAAAGGAUAACACCUCUUAAUUAUGCAAGCUGACCGGACAGACAUUUUCAAUCCUGUCAGGAAUAGCAGCCAGCAAUUAGCACAUGUUUUAACCCAUCUCUUGUCUCCCAGAACAAAAACCCUUCAAACCUUUGUUUACUAUAAAUAAAAACAAGUAACACCACAGUAAUGGAAUUUUAAUAUAUGUAACAACUGUGUAUAAAGAAGCUAUUGUAAGAACUGUAAUUCAGGAUUCUAUUGUCGCCUCCAAUUUGUGCUACUUGUGGUUGCUGAAUAAAGAGGCUAUUUUUGCCAUUGACCAAUUUCAGUCAUUAUUUGAAUACAAUCUCACAACGGCUAUCUAUUGAUCAUUCCCAGAAGAUGCAGAUUGAGGACAAACUUUCAAAGUAGCAGAAAGACAAAUGAUUCCUUAGAUGUUCAUGUGAUUGUCAUUUCUGCAUUAGAAAAUAAAACCAAGACAUUCCCUGGGAAAAUGAGUAAUUCAACCAAAUUAAUUCUAAUGGAAUUGGUUUAUGUCAAUAACAAUCUCAGUAAUUUUAGGUUUCAUACAGAAGUGAGUGUCUUAUGAGGUCAAUACCAUAGCUGAAAAAACAAUUGAAACUUUAUGGCAUGGCUGGAAAACCCCUCAAUUGACACAUUCAGUAACACUCUUGUUUACCAACUGGUCAAGGGACACCCAGUAGAAAAUUUCAAUGACUUCCUGGCAGAAUCCAGAAAUAAAACUUUACUGAGAUCAUAUAAAAUGAUACAAAAAUCAGUGUGUAUAUAGCCAAGAGGCAUCAAUGGCCAGCAAUUCAAAAUACAUUUGAGCAAAGUUCAACAAGAACAAAAGAGUGCCCUUUUGUGUUUAAAGGUGACCAGUCAAAAGUCCAGUGAGUUGGCAGAGCACACAUACUUUGAACAGUGAUAACAUUUCAAAAUCCUAGAUGACUUGCUAGUGUAUGACCAAAGACUUGCUUUUCUAUCUUACCAUCAGGAAAAUGUCUUGGGUCUCUUAGGCAAUAUCAAUGUGUAUCUAAAUCUUAAUUAGUGGUACAGAGACCACAGACUUCAAUAAAGAUUGAAGAUCUCAUACCUCCUCAAUGAAAUCUGUGAAUAAGCAGGUCUGGAACACACUGAAGACAAGGCAGAAGACAGAUAAGAAGAUAAUUGUAAUGAAAGUGCAUAUUAUAUUAUUAUUUAGGAAUGUGCAUUCUAAAUUGGUGUUUGCUUUUUAGUUUUGAGAGGCUUUUAACACACAGCAACUCAUUUUCUUUAGCUGAGUCAAAAGAUAUUUCCAAGAAUCAUGUGACUUAAGUUAAAUUGCGAACAUAAAAUCAAGGAACAAGAAUAGGCCACUCGGCCCUUUGAGCCUGCUCUGCUGAUCAAUAAGAUCAUGGCCGAUCUGAUUUUAACCUUAACUCUACAUUCCUACAUAUCCUUAAUAAUCAGAUGUAAUUCUUUCUCUGCUUCAUGUUGUUGAGUGAAGAAUCCUUCGUCGAGAUAACGUCUCAAUGGAGAUAGAUGUGUCAUCCUUAUCUCUUGAUAGUCUGAGUAAAUUCGCUAGGUAAAAUAACCAAUUACCUACUUAUAUAAUGCAAGGACUCUCUUUCACAACCUUUCCCCUCGCCUGAGCGUGGUAACCCUAGUCAUUAUAUUUAGAUUUGAUCUGAUUUUCGUCAAUGCCAAUUAGGUGGUAUCAGCGUGAGGGUGGAGUGCGUCAUAGGGCGGGGUAAAUGGUUUUGUGGGGUCAGGUCAUGGGAUGUGCUCAGUAUUGUGAUGGAGUUGUUUUUGAUCCAGGUCGGCUGUUUGGUGGCGCUGAUGUUGCUGCCAACUUUGUGUGGACUGUUCCCGGUUACAGCCCGAAUCAGGCUGGCGGCAGCAACAGCAAGUCAGCAAUUCUUACUGAGCCUAUGUAGUUCCUUCGCUGGAGGAGUUUUUCUUGCUGCAUGUCUAUUGGAUGUCCUACCAGAUUACUUUUUUCACAUCAAUGAAGAGCUGGAAAAACUACAAAUUCAGACGAACUUUCCAAUUCCAGAGUUUGUCGUAGCAGUUGGAUUCUUCCUGGUUCUCAGCAUCGAGCGAAUAAUUCUGCAGUGCCAUAGUGACCAUUUUCAUGAGACCACCUCCAUUCUUGCACACCGUACUCCAACAACAUUCCAUUGCAAUGAUGACAUCAGCCACCAUGUACAGAUAAACAGCAACAGUGUAGAAACAACAGAUCACCAUGUUCACCUUGUUAAUGCCCAUCCUGCUUUUCGUUCUUUUAUCCUUUUCCUUUCUCUGUCCUUACACUCAAUAUUUGAAGGAUUGCCCAUUGGUCUACAACAGUCAGAGUCAAAGGUUUUUCAGAUUUUUGCUGCCAUUUUAAUUCAUAAAAGUUUAAUUGUUUUCAGCUUGUCUCUGAAACUUGUACAGAGCAAUAUGCCACAAGGCCGUGUGGUACUGUAUGUUAUAAUAUUUGCAGUAAUGUCUCCUUUGGGAAUUGUGAUUGGCAUUAUAAUCACACAAAUGAAAUCAACCUACAGUGAUAUGGCACAGAGUCUCCUUGAAGGAAUCACUACAGGGACGUUUAUUUAUGUUACCUUUUUAGAGAUUUUACCUCACGAACUAAAUUCCACUGAUAAGCAACUGUUGAAGCUCCUGGGCAUUAUAUUUGGUUUCUCUACAAUAACCAUGUUGUCCUUUAUACUUUAGAAGUGUUCAAACAUGAAGGGUUUUAAUUUUAACUAUUGAUAAAUUUGUUAAUUCUUAGCUAAUCUAUCAUCAUCCAAAUUUAUAUUUUUCUCUUUGCUCUCAAUAUAAGCCAUUUGUCUUUAAGUUGCCUGGCAUUUGAAGUACACCUGUGGCAGGUUUGUUGCAGAUAUGCUAAUCAGGAAUGAAGUACAGAAUCCCCAACCACCACAUUUUCCAAUUCUUACCAUCUAACAUAAGACACGCAAUGAAUCAUGGCAGCAUAGUUUGCCCCAAACCCUGCUGCCAUGAAAUUACAUUUUACAGCCAGGAUCAUUUUGCAGCAGUGUUCAUAAUUCAAAAUAUUAUUUAGAUAAAUAAUCUCUACAUUUGUAUUCCAUUGAACUUAAAUUAAAAGUCCAAGUAUAUUGACAAAUCAUUACCAAUUCUUGACUACUCCAUCUUGUAUUCAUCUACAAGCAAAACUGCUGCCUUUUUUUCACUUUUUAAUCGAAGUAGCUUUGGGUAUCAAGUCCCACUCCUGAGACUUGAGCAUAACAUUUGGGCUGAUACUUCAGUGCAUUAGAGACUGCUGCCCUGACUGCAACUUUCAAUGAGAUCCAAUGCAUCAUUUGACACUUCUGUCUUGGCCAUCAGAUUAUCAGGCCACUUGCUAUGUAAAUUGAUACUUUUUUUAAUAUCUAGUUUUGAUCAUUUGCUUCCACUGAUUUGAGAUUUUUUAUUCAGUUUGUGCAUUCUGAUGUAAAUCUGUAUGUCUGUAUCUGAAUAACUUCUGUAAUGAGGCAAGAAUGAAAUAUUAUAAGGAAACAAUAAGCAGCAAUUUCUCCCAAGUGAUUUUGUUUCUAGAAUUGUAUAAUGAGUGAAACUUAGUGGGGGGAGAAAAACAAAUUUUAACAUUUAUUUUCAAUGAUUUCAAAAGCAUUAACAGAAAAGAGCAGGGGUAGG